AGAGCAGUCCUCUGUUCUUAUCAACACCUCACAGCCUGUGAAGCUCUCAGUGUGUGUCUGUCCUUCAUCACAGACAUGAGGUUCAAAUUCCCUCUCGUGGCCUUAGGCCUGGAGGUUGGCAUGAUUGUUUUAUUUGGAUUAUUUGUUCAGUAUGAAACGGAGCAAAAUACUCUCCAGCAGCUCAACAUCACCAAGCCAACAGACACGGGCAGAUUCCUUGAGUUAUAUCCUCUAUUCCAAGAUGUGCAUGUUAUGGUAUUUGUUGGGAUUGGCUUUCUCAUGACCUUCCUGAAGAAAUAUAGCUUCAGCGGUGUGGGCAUCAACCUGCUCAUCGCUGCUCUGGGCCUCCAGUGGGGCACUAUUGUGCAAGGUGUCCUGCACAGCUAUGGACAGACAAUCCACAUCGGAGUCGAAAACAUGAUACAUGCAGACUUCAGUACGGUCACGGUUCUGAUUUCUUUUGGAGCAGUCCUGGGAAAAACGAGUCCAGUCCAAAUGCUGAUCAUGACAAUUGUAGAAAUUGCUGUCUUUGCUUGCAAUGAAUAUCUGGUUGAUGAGAUAUUUCAGGCCUCUGAUACUGGAGCAUCGAUGACCAUUCAUGCCUUUGGGGCCUACUUUGGCUUGGCUGUAGCAGGCAUCUUGUAUCGAUCAGGCCUGAGAAAAGGGCAUCAAAAUCAAGAGUCUGUGUACCACUCGGAUGUGUUUGCAAUGAUUGGGACUCUUUUUCUAUGGACGUUCUGGCCCAGCUUUAAUUCGGCCAUUGCUGAAGCUGGAGACAAACAGUACAGGGCCAUCGUAAACACAUACCUCUCUCUCGCUGCCUGCGUACUCGUAACCUAUGCAAUCUCCAGCCUUUUGGAGAAACGAGGCAAGCUCAGUAUGGUUCACAUCAAGAACGCCACCCUUGCUGGAGGAGUUGCCGUGGGCACUUGUGCAGACAUGGAGAUUCAGCCCCAGAGCUCUAUGAUGAUUGGGAGCAUUGCAGGAAUUGUCUCCGUGUUUGGAUACAAAUUCCUGACUCCAUUCUUUGCUACUAAACUGAGGAUCCAAGAUACAUGUGGUAUCCAUAACCUGCACGGCUUACCUGGAGUGGUAGGAGGCCUCGCAGGCAUUGCGGCAGUAGGCAUGGGAAUGUCUAACACGACUACCAUGGCCAUGCAGGCAGCUGCACUGGGUUCUUCCAUCGGAACGGCACUUGUUGGAGGUCUGAUUACAGGUUUAAUUCUAAAGAUACCUAUCUGGGGACAGCCAUCUGAUGAGAACUGCUAUGACGAUUCUGUUUAUUGGGAGGUCCCUAAGAAGAGAGACUAUGACAGUCACUUCCAUGACCACGGCGAGCUGAAUCCUGAAGUCUGA